AGCAACUGGACAUUUUUUGUUUCUGGGACGCGAGCAGACGGUAAAACCUCCGGCAAAGACACUAAAGCCAGCGCGGGCCCCGGAGCAGACGAUUUCUUCGGGGUCAUUGUAAUUGUAAUCUAAUCCUACAUGCUGGGCAAACAUGUCUACAAAAGUUUUGAUUACUGGAGCCUCGGGUCUUUUGGGACGUGCUGUCCUACAUGAAUUUGAAAGUGACAGAAAAUGGAGCACUUUGGGCCUUGCAUUUAGCCGUGCUUCAGGAAACCUCAGAAAAGUUGAUAUCACAGACCAGCAGGCAGUGAAGGAUAUCAUGCAAGAAUUCAAACCUGAUAUUGUCAUACACAGUGCAGCUGAGAGGCGUCCAGAUGUGGUUGACAAACAAGAAGAAGCAACUUAUCGGCUAAAUGUGGAAUCUACACGGUCCAUUUGUCAAGUUGCAAAAUCUAUUGGAGCCACCAUUUUCUAUAUCAGUACAGACUAUGUAUUUGAUGGCAAAAAUCCCCCAUAUAGGGAAACAGAUGCUCCAAAUCCUCUCAACAGGUAUGGAGUGAGCAAGCUUGAAGGAGAAAAGGUGACGCUAGCAGAGAGCAAAGAUAAUAGCAUUUUACGAGUGCCGAUUCUUUAUGGCAACAUCGAGCGCCUUGAUGAAAGUGCUGUCACAGUUUUGUUUUCUAAAGUGAAGGACACCACAAACACUUGCAUCAUGUCUGACUAUGAGCAGCGAUAUCCAACACAUUGCAAGGACAUUGCUGUUGUACUUAAACAGCUGGCUGAGAAGAAGAUUCAGGGACAAGAUACUGCUGGGAUUUUUCACUGGAGUGGAGAUGAAAAGAUGACAAAGUACAGCAUGGCAAUGGCAAUGGCAGAGGCCUUCAGUCUGCCAACAAAUCACAUACAAGCUGACAGAAACCCAUCUGGUGGUGCAACCCGUCCUUAUGAUGCUCAUCUAGAUUGUUCAAGAGCACAGAGUCUUGGAAUUGGUCAAAGAACACCUUUCAAAAGCACCAUUAGAGAAAUACUAGAACCUUUUUACCCUUAGAGUUCUAACAAGGUACUUGAGUAUUUAGAAAAUAUUUUGCAUGCAUGGAUACCUUUGUACACAGAGAAAUAAUAAUUAUUAUUAUUAAAGCAGAUUUAUAGUAGAGCUAUUUUCAACUGCAGAAUUGACUCAAUGUGUUUUCCAAAACCAAAAAUACUUCAAAACUGAUCGAUGUAAAAAUGGUGUUCAAACAAAGACCAAACUUAUUAACAAUCAUACAGAGAGAUCGCAACAAACAAAAAAGAGUUGUGGUGAGGUGGAUCUACAGCUGUAAGCUGGACCAUUGGAUGAAUGUGAGUGGACUUAGUCACAGUGCACACAACUCAAGACGCCCAGAGCAUGCACAAAAUGCGUGUCCACACGGCGACGAAGACAAGCAGACAUAUGAACCCAUGUCCUGUGUGCACACAGAUUGCUGGCAGACGUCGCCUCAACACCAAGGCCAUGUACAACAAUUCACAAGACAUCAGAAAGUUUUAGUCCAUGCUGCUGAUCCAUGGCGUGAAGAAACAGUUAUGAAGAGGCUAGCUAUUGAUGGGACAACAGAAGGCUGCAGACUAGCAGAUCACUGAACAGAAAGACAAAGGAGCACGCGUUAAAUCAUAGGGAAAAAACUCACAACAAGUCAUCUGAGACAACAAAUACAGAGAACUAGUCCUCUCCAGCCAAUUUGGAAUGCUGUAAGUAACCUGUAGUCAUUAUACACCAAAUUAUUCUUUUCAUGUUAGCAUCUGUGUUUCUCAAUGUAUCACUUUGUAACACUUGUUAACACUUAAAUGGGGUUUAAGAAAGUUAAAGCAGACCUGUGUACUGCAAAGGAUUUUUCAUAGCAGCUACGGAUUUAGACCCCUGAUUAAUGAACUUUGGUGGUGUAAAAAUCUACAGGUUAUCGGUUUUCCAAAUUAAUAUUUGAGGAAUGCUUUUUUACCUUGGGUUUUGUUUGUUUAAAGUUUCAAUUAUGCUUAAGAACAUGGUAGAUUGCUACACACUUGCAUUCAUAAGCAUUUCACACUUUCCUUCUGAUGAGAUUUUUCUCCACUUCUUGUUCAAAUGGGCCAAGGCACAUGAGAAGGUGGAAGUAUCUGCUGCGUUAUAGUGAAAAGCAAGUUGGUAAAACAAAUGAAUCAAGUUGUUUAGUCAAUUGAAGCAGAUGAAUGUUGUGGAAUUUUUUUAUUAAUAUGAAUAAUGCAGUUUCUAAUCGAAAGAGUUAUUUUAUUUACAUAUGUAUAUCAUGUCAUUUGUGUCAGUGCAUUGAAAACUACAGUGACAGUGCUUGAUAAAAAAAAUUGCAAUUCGUAUUGCUUGAAAGGCCAGACCCUAUGGAAAAUUGGCAUUUAGAAAUGCUACAGACAAGAAAUUAUUGGGGUGAGCAGGUCUGGUAAAAGUCUCAUGGUCAUUAGGUUAGAGGGUAAAAGAUCUAUAAAUGAUCAGAGGGAUUUAGAUCAUGUUACAUGACAACUUGUUUCAGAACAUAACAUUCUCACCAUUUUACUCCAUCCUCUUGCACACAAGUUUUUUCACAAGCACACUUUGUAAAUUUGACAGAAUAUUUUGUCUUCCAUUUUAUAUGAUUACUAGUCCACAAAAGAGAAUCUGUAUUUCUCUUUCAGGAUUUCUUUUCAUUUUAGUUUUAUUUGCUGGCAACAGCACUGUUUGGGGCAUCGUGAGUUAUUAUUUAUUCAUGUGGGAUAUAUUUUGCAUGGAUCUAAAGUGUUUUGAUUGCUAUUAAUUAAACAACAUUCAAGUGAACGUAUGCAGCAUAGCUGAGACCAUAUAGUUUUUGAUUUUGCAUAACAGUUUAGUCGCAGCUUGCAUUUAGAGAAGGGCAUUAAGGCACUUUGCCACUUUAACAAAAACUGGUUAAAAACAAUGAUACCCUCUAAAAUAAUGUUUCUAAUUACCUGUCACAAUCUAUCAUGAGGACAGCAUCUGACAGAAAGAGUGCAAAUGGCUUGAUAGUAUAAGUUCCUCCCCUCCCGCUCCCAAAAUAACAUCUCAGCACUUAAACAAGUCUUUUUUUUAGAACGUAAAAUCUUACAUAUGAUUUGAUCUGAACUAGGUUACACUCCCAAAGUUCAUCCUCGUACUACACACUCAAAAAAAGCUUGUUUUUGUCUUCUAGACAUGUACAGUGAACUAUUUUAUUGACUGUAAUAAAUCAGAGUAUUCAUAUUAAAUGUGUACAUGAUAGUUCUCUUUAAAUAAACAAACUGACAUCCAAA